CUGUGUUAAUGAUUUACGGGACGAGAAUUAGUCAGGUACCUAUAAGCAUUGUACACUUUCUAUGCCAAAAUAUGUGCGGUAAGUGGGAACCAUACGCCGUAGUAAUCUACCGAAAACGGGAGAAAGGCUCACUUCAGCAAACAGAAAUAACCCGAAAUGGAGAUUUCGGCAGAAGUUCAAGAAGGCUUACAGCUAGCGGGCGACACAGCACACAUCCCUGACAAGGUCUUUAAAUAUUUGGUCGAAAGGGUCUUUGAAGAUAUCUUUAAAAGACCGUCUGCGAGAUCGUUGAAAGAGGAUGGAAAUCUGAAAUCACUGGAUGCUGCUGUUGUAAAACAGGCCUACGCAGCUCUCUGCACACUAGCACUAGAGGGCGCCAAACAUGACGCUAACUCAUCAAACUUGAGCCCAAUAUUGGAAGAUUGUAAGUGGACCACAGAUAGGACGGAGAGCUUUAUCAACAUCUUCCUGGAUCGGAAGGAGACGGUUCGAGUCCUGCUUGGUAACAUCAGACAAGUGCAUCCACACAUUGUUGAUGUGGACUGGAGACUAGACUACUACAUGAAGAGCAACCACAAGGACAAAGUGAACGAAGCGACCUACCUCAUCACCCUCAAGACUGAGGAAGGGGGACUGAACAGGAAAACCAAAGAUGUCCAGUUCUGUUGCUCCCUUGAACAACUCCAGGACCUGGUUGGUAAGUUGAAGGACGCCACCCGGAGUCUAGAAAAAGCCAGUCUGUCUUGAGACCUGCAUGGGCUACCUGGGACAGAUAUUGACCAUCAGGCAAGAAAGUACAAAAUAUUUUACCGAUUUUCAAAAAAAUUCCAAGCAGAUACUUCGGUUACUCUGACUUUAGACAAUGUCUGUUACAACUUAGUACAAGGAACAGCGAAAUAGGCAUGAUUUUGUAUUUACCAAAAUAAUUGGGGGGGGGGGGUAUUAAAAAGCAGUUUCUUUUGUUUUCCAAAUGUUCUGAACAAAUUUGAAAUUUUGUAUUUUCUUGCCAUUAUGAAUUUAAGCGAUAUUUUUGUCUGUAUGAUAGUGUAUAUUUGUAAUCUUUUUUUAUUUUAUAAAAAUUGCAAACUUGUUUCCAGUACAAAUGCUGACGAGAGUUACGACCAACAGUUACAUGAAAAGUCUUUUUUAUUUCAAUUUAAACCAAAAUUUGAUGAGUUUACAUAUUCAGAACAAAAAAUUAACAUUGACAUACUUAAAAAUGAAAAUUUGAAACAUUUUCGUCAAGAAAUAUCUUUGAAUCAUGUUCUAACAAAUCCUUACAAAAUAAUUCAUUAAUUAAUGACAAAAUUAUAUUGCACUCUGAUCAACUAUGACAGUACAAAAAUAUUAAGUACAAAUUUUAGAAAUAUAAAGAAUUUUUUUUUUCCUAAUUGUUACGUCAAUUUAAUCCAAUACAAUUUGCUGAUAUUCCAAGCAUAACUCUACCAGAAGUUGCAAACUCCUUUUUUUUUUCUUUUUUUUUUUCCCCAAUACUAGUCCUCUUAAGAGCUCAAAAACAGUUUAUGGCCAACCAGCUCCCCAAUCUAAAGUGAAUUUCAUGGUUUUCUUUUUUUUAUGUUAAAGGUAUUUUACUUUUCAAUAAUUUCAUCUUUUGUUUUCUUUUUGUUAAGCACCUGCUUAAUGCAAAUGUGAUUUAUUAUAAUACAUUUUUUUCUUACUUAUCAAAGGCAAUCCAUUUCCAAAAUUGGAAACUUUGUAAAACUCUUGGUCCAAUUACCGAAUGGAUAUGAUUUGGAAAACGUGUUUAUUUUCCUUUUCAAUAAUUCAAUUUGUUUUUAAAUCUUAAGUUAAGCACCUGCAAAAAGCAAAUGUGAUUUAUUAUUAUACACGUUUUUCUUUCGCCUUAUCAAAUGUAAUCCAUUUUUUUUUUCAAAUUGGCAAAAUUUGUAAAAUUCUUAUUCCAAUAACCACAAAGGUAUGAUUCGGGAAACUUCUUAAACAGACUUCACGUUUCAAAAUCAUU